UAAUCAGGCAAAGAAAGACAGCUUCGGGGUCCUUGCGGCCGCUGUGACGUCGUCGAGUCUCUGUCGGUCCACGGUGGGGAAAACGUGGAUGAUCUUAGUUUUUGAAGUGCGGUGUUCCCAUCAAAAUAUUUUCGGUAAGCUUCGUUUUUACUGACUUGGAGAUCACUGAGCUACACUGAGACCGACCUACAUAUACUGACUUGUCUAGUUGAAUAAAAAUGGAGUACAUGCAAGCUCCUGCCACUAGCAGCCAGGGGAAUAUCUUGUGCUGUACCUGUGGUGUGCCUAUACCCCCUAAUCCAGCCAACAUGUGUGUAGCCUGCCUGCGUACUCAAGUAGACAUUUCAGAGGGAAUCCCCAAGCAAGUCACAGUCCACUUCUGCAAACAGUGUGAAAGGUACUUGCAGCCUCCAGCCACCUGGGUGCAGUGUGCCCUGGAGUCCAGGGAGCUGCUGGCACUGUGCCUGAAAAAGCUUAAGAGCUCUAUGACCAAAGUUCGGCUAAUUGACGCUGGAUUCUUGUGGACAGAACCACACUCCAAAAGGAUUAAGAUGAAACUGACUAUCCAGAAAGAGGUGUUGAACGGUGCUAUAUUGCAGCAGGUGUUUGUGGUGGAGUUUGUCAUCCAGUCCCAGAUGUGUGAUGACUGUCAUCGUGUCGAAGCUAAGGACUUCUGGAAGGCUGUGGUGCAAGUUAGGCAAAAGACGGUUCAUAAAAAGACUUUCUACUAUCUGGAGCAACUCAUCCUUAAGCACAAACUCCACCAGAAUGCCCUCAACAUCAAAGAAAUUCACGAGGGGAUCGAUUUCUACUACGGCUCCAAGCAGCAUGCAGAAAAGAUGGUCAACUUCCUCCAGUGCACCGUGCCCUGCAGGUCAAAGGCGUCGCAGCGCCUCAUCUCCCAUGACAUCCAUUCAAACACGUACAACUAUAAAAGCACCUUCUCCGUGGAGAUCGUACCUGUCUGCAAGGACAAUGUGGUGUGUCUUUCACCACGUCUGGCACAGAGCCUGGGGAACAUGGGUCAAGUGUGUGUGUGCAUCCGCGUCACCAGCACCAUCCACCUCAUCGAUCCAAACACCCUGCAGAUUGCUGAGGUGGAUGGGAACACCUACUGGCGUAACCCCUUUAACAGUCUCUGUAACCCACGGCAACUGGAGGAGUUUAUCGUUAUGGACAUUGACAUCAUCAGAGACCAGAAACUGGGUGCUGGGGCUGGCUUGAGGUCCAAUAAGCACACACUGGCUGAGGUGUGGGUUCAGAAAACAUCAGAGAUGGACACCAGUCAGCAGUAUCACUGCCGCACAUUCCUGGGCCACCUGCUGAACAUCGGCGACUUGGUGCUGGGGUUUGACUUUGCCAAUUCCAACAUCAAUGACGAGAACCUGAAUAAGAUGAAUCCACACCAUGUUCCUGAUGUGGUGCUGAUCAAGAAGAGCUAUGACCGCAACAGGAGGGUGAAACGUAGGAAUUGGAAGCUGCAAGAAAUGUCCAGAGACCGUGACGCCAUGCACUCGGAUGAUGAGAGACAAUACCAGGACUUCCUGGAGGACCUGGAGGAAGAUGAAGCUCUGAGGAAGAAUGUCAACAUCUACAGAGAUGCAUCAAAGAUUCCCGUGGAGAGCGACACUGACGAUGACGGCGUGCCAUGCAUCUCCCUGGCAGAGAUGUUGGAGGACCUCAGCCUAUCGGACGCCACAGGAGGAGAGGGUGCUGACAUGAUGACAGAGUAGCUACUGACAACAGGGAUAGUACAGAGCCACUUACUGGAACUGACAGCAGGUUGAGGACUAAACCAAAAUAUAUUUAAUGCAGACCCACAACUCAUGUAACUGAUGUAACGAUGGAUCACAGUAAAAACAGUGGGUUAGAAAAGUGUCAGUCACACAACUCUCCCACUACGAAACCUGACUUUCAGUUGUUUCCACAUCAUCUGCAUCCACAAAUGAAAAUGAAAUGACAAUUAAUCACUAUAUCAAAAUAAAUAUUUCUCAUAAUGCUGAA